GGGGCGCUGACAUGCGGCGAGGCCCGGGCGGUGGCGGCAGCGUUGGCGGCGGCGGCGCGAACGGCGGGCACCGGAGCAGAGCUAGCAGCCGAGCGGGUGGCAUCCCGGGUCGGGCUCACGGAGGGCGGCGGAGGUGCGGCCCGAAGCCAUGGUGAUCAUGUCGGAGUUCAGUGCGGUCCCCUCAGGCACUGGCCAGGGCCAGCAGAAGCCCCUCCGGGUGGGCUUUUACGACGUGGAACGGACCCUGGGCAAAGGCAAUUUUGCAGUGGUUAAGCUGGCGCGGCACCGAGUCACCAAAACGCAGGUUGCAAUAAAAAUAAUUGACAAGACACGGUUAGAUUCUAGCAAUCUGGAGAAGAUCUACCGGGAGGUCCAGCUCAUGAAACUUUUGAACCACCCAAAUAUCAUCAAGCUUUAUCAGGUUAUGGAGACAAAGGAUAUGCUCUACAUUGUCACAGAAUUUGCAAAAAAUGGAGAAAUGUUUGAUUAUCUGACUUCCAACGGGCACUUGAGUGAAAACGAGGCUAGGCAGAAGUUCUGGCAGAUUCUGUCAGCCGUGGAGUACUGCCACAACCACCACAUUGUCCACCGGGACCUCAAGACGGAGAACCUGCUCCUGGACAGCAACAUGGAUAUCAAGCUAGCAGAUUUUGGAUUUGGGAAUUUCUACAAGCCAGGCGAGCCUCUGUCCACGUGGUGUGGGAGCCCCCCGUAUGCAGCCCCUGAAGUCUUCGAGGGGAAGGAGUACGAGGGUCCCCAGCUGGACGUCUGGAGCCUCGGUGUGGUGCUGUACGUCCUGGUCUGUGGCUCCCUCCCCUUCGACGGGCCCAACCUGCCUACGCUGAGACAGCGGGUACUGGAGGGCCGCUUCCGCAUCCCCUUCUUCAUGUCUCAAGACUGUGAGACGCUGAUCAGACGCAUGCUGGUCGUGGACCCCGCUAAGCGCAUCACCAUAGCCCAGAUCCGCCAGCACCGGUGGAUGCAGGCCGACCCCACUCUCCUGCAGCAGGAUGACCCUGCCUUCGACAUGCAAGGCUACACCUCCAACCUGGGCGACUACAACGAACAGGUGCUAGGGAUCAUGCAGGCCCUCGGCAUCGACCGGCAGCGGACUAUAGAGUCUCUGCAGAACAGCAGCUACAACCACUUUGCCGCCAUUUACUACCUCCUACUCGAGCGCCUCAAGGAGCAUCGAAGCGCCCAGCCCUCAUCCCGGCCCACCCCUGCACCCACCAGACAGCCCCAGCUCCGAAGCUCAGACCUCAGCAGUCUGGAGGUUCCUCAAGAAAUUCUCCCGUGUGACCCUUUCCGGCCCUCUCUGCUGUGCCCACAGCCCCAGGCCUUGGCUCAGUCUGUCCUGCAGGCUGAGAUAGACUGUGAUCUCCACAGCUCACUUCAGCCCUUAUUAUUCCCCCUGGAUACCAACUGCAGUGGAGUGUUCCGGCACCGAUCCAUCUCCCCCAGCAGUCUGCUGGACACAGCUAUCAGCGAGGAGGCCAGGCAGGGUCCCAGCCUAGAGGAGGAACAGGAGGUCCAGGAACCCCUGCCCGGAAGCACAGGCCGGAGGCACACAUUGGCUGAAGUCUCCACCCAUUUCUCCCCGCUCAACCCUCCUUGCAUAAUUGUCUCCUCCUCUGCCACGGCGAGUCCCUCGGAAGGGACCAGCUCCGACAGCUGCCUCCCCUUCUCUGCAAGUGAAGGUCCUGCAGGGCUUGGCAGUGGCCUGGCCACCCCAGGGCUGCUGGGCACCAGCUCUCCAGUCAGAUUGGCCUCGCCCUUCCUGGGAUCACAGUCAGCCACCCCUGUGCUCCAGACUCAGGCAGGUCUGGGCACAGCCGUCUUACCUCCCGUCAGCUUCCAGGAGGGACGGAGAGCGUCUGAUACCUCUCUCACUCAGGGGCUGAAGGCCUUCCGGCAGCAGCUGAGGAAAAAUGCGAGGACCAAGGGGUUCCUGGGACUGAACAAGAUCAAAGGGUUGGCUCGCCAGGUGUGCCAGUCCUCCGUCCGAACUCCCCGGGGAGGGAUGAGUACCUUCCACACCCCAGCCCCAAGCUCCGGCCUGCAAGGCUGCACGACCAGCAAUCGGGAGGGCAGGAGCCUACUUGAAGAGGUCCUGCACCAGCAGAGGCUGCUCCAGUUACAGCACCACUCUUCUACCGCCGCCGCCUCAUCUGGCUGCCAGCAGGGCCCCCAGCUGUCCCCGGUCCCCUAUGUGCUUGCUCCCUGUGACAGCCUCCUCGUGUCUGGAAUUCCACUGCUGCCAACACCCCUUCUCCAGGCUGGCAUGUCCCCUGUGGCGUCUGCUGCGCAUCUCCUGGAUACCCACUUGCACAUCAGUGCUGGCCCAGUGGCCCUCCCCACUGGGCCCCUGCCACAGUGCCUCACCAGGCUGUCCCCAGGCUGUGAUCCAGCUGGGCUGCCACAGGGGGACUGUGAGAUGGAGGACCUGACCUCUGGCCAGCGGGGGACAUUCGUCCUGGUACAGUGAGGGUGGCUCUGGCCCACAUCCCCCCAACCUCGCCACCUUCACCACCCCCCCCCAACCGUGGCCGAUUGACUCUUCCAAGCAAUAAUUUCGGAGUAUGUGAAGAUGGUUUCCGGACUCAAAAGCCAAGAACUUUCUAGACGUGAAACAAGCAAUACGUUUGGUGUAUGGGCUUUUUAGGAUUUUUGUUGUUGUUGUUUUUUGUUUUGUUUUCUCCUUGCACUGAGUGACCUCAAUGAUAAGUAGGGAAACUUUCUGAAGAAAAAUAAUAAUUGAGAGUAUGUCACGUGGGCGGGCGGACGGGAGGGAAGGGCAGUGGGGGGAGAGCGGCCUCCGAGGCGUGAUGAGCUGGGGCAUCCCUGAAGUGGGGGCAGCUCGUACUGUUGCUCAUGCCUGUGUAGUGGUUGGCGUUGUUUCAGGCUUGGGUUCACAGCUCUCCACUUCUGAAACGCGCAUGCUUUAGACAGAAACUGUGAACUCGCUGCUUUCUGUGUGGGUUUCAGAGUAGCCAAGGCUCAGCCCAGGGGAAGACAAACGGCAUGCAUUCUCGGGGUCUCCCGUCAGCCAGAAGACCGCCUUGUCGUGGUUCAGCUUGGGGGUUUUUGUAGCUGCUCAAGUCAGUGCGCCAGGCUUAUUCAGAGGCCUGGAAGGGAGGAAGUUCCUUCCGGCCUUGUACCUCGACUCUGCUGCUAAUUAUCAGAUUUUUAUGCAUUUCAUUAUCAGGGUCCCGCUAGAACACCUGACUUGGGGGAAUUGUGCAAUACCAAGGGGCUGUCGGCAUCUUGGUUAUGACUACCUUGCCCUUGGCCUGGGACCUUUCCUGGUAAAAGCCUGGCCCCCCCCCCAAGGCCUGGGCUCUGUCUGGCUUGCUUUCCAGGAGGAUCAUAAGUAUAGGUCAGUGUUUGUAAAGUUUCUUUUUAAAGCAAAUACUGUAUGUGUAUAUAAAUAGGAAACAGACACUACUUAUUUUUUUCUAUUUUGUAUACAUUUUUGUGUUUCUGGCUUAAAAAAACCUCCCUUGGUCACAUUAGGAAGUUGUCCCCAUGUUUGUGGUGAAAGGCCUGUAGGCUACCCACCUCCUGUACAGAGUAGAGGUGUCAGGGAAGAAGUGGCCCCACCUGACAGGUCUACCUGGGCAGGGAAGGCCCAGGCAACAGCCGUGCCAUCCAAACACCUCUGGAAGGAACCAGGGAUGUCAACCCUUCUGACUCGCGUCUGUCUCUCUGCCUCCCGGGCGACUUCCACCACCAAAUCUCACCGCAGCAGUAUUAACCUGAGGUCAUUAAGGGAGAGGAAAGGAGACACUUCAAAAGCCAAAGAUUGACCGAGUUACCUGAGGCCAGGAAGAGGCAGCGCCGAAACCUGAUGUCCCAGCGUGGUCCUCCGUGGGCCCCGUGGCCCAUCCUAUACCGCUUACUCUCCAGACAGGCGAAGGACCGACCAGUCUUCUGGGUUGGAACUGGUGCCCUCCACAGAACAAACCAAAAAGUGUCCCUCCUGCCGACUCACCUGAUGUGUGCAUCAGGGAAGCAAGCACUCAGUAUCCUAAGGCAGCCAGCCCUCAUCUCCCAUAGUUCCUGUCUGGAUACCACAGAUCAAAGGCCUGUGCACUGCUGUGUGUCAGAAUCGACAAGCACUUUACUUUCUGGCAGUUUUUGUGUCUUCUAGUUGCUAUCAACCCUCUGGGGGACAGUAACAUCAUGGUUUUUAGUUCUUGGGUUUUGGGGUUUUGUUUUUUGGGUUUUGUUUUUUUUUUUUUUUUUUUUUUUUUGGUGUGUGUGCUAUGUUUUUGUAGAUCCUCACGGCCCUGGACUGGACUGUAAUGGAAUCGCCUAUUUAAAGACACUACGUGAUCUCAGAUGUAUAUAAUGGUUUUGUUUUGUUUUCGUUUUUUUUUUUUUUUUUUUUACUAUGAUGGAAUCGUUUCAUUUCUCAUGUUAAUGUGAGAGACGUAUGCCAAAUGAUUAGUUGAUGUAUUUUUUUUAAUUUAAUAUUUAAAUAAAAUAUUUGGGGGGAAAUCUUGACUUACCCUUGGUUC